UUGUAAACCGACCGCGGCGGCUACAUUUGAACAGAUUCAGGUGUGUUUGUUUUUCCAAUAUUAGCGUUCCAAUAUUUGCUCUUCCCGUAUAAAUGUCCUCAAAAGAUAACAGAGACACCACAUGAAAUUGAAGGUGGCCUUUCUUUUCACUUUAAAAGUGACAAAAACGUUUUGCGUCCCUCAGUUUGGUUAACGUUAACGUUACAUGCUGAUGUUUGAUUCUCCAUUAGUUGAAUUUUGACAGAUUGAGGCUUUCUCUCUUUUCUCGCUCCAACAUGGAUGUCGGAGUGACCCCGAGACGGCACAACCCUGUGGACAGCAUCUGCCGCAAGCUGCAGACCAUCCAGCGACGAGAUCAAGAGGUUAACUCACCCUUUCAGAUCCCUAAGUUUCAGUCUAGCAGCUACGACAGCCCUCACUCGGGGCUGCGCCUCAACCUGGAGGCCAUCCUGAAGAAACGUACUGUCCGACCUGACGGAGAGGCUGACUGCGAUUCCUCUGCAGGCAUGCUGACCCCCACAGCUUCCCCCGGACCGGGGUCUUCCUCCAGCACCCCUCGUGCUCCCAUCACCCCUGCCAAUGCCACCUAUACCAUCACCAGCACGCUGGGCACUUUAGGCACGCUAGGGGAGAGGAGAACCACAGCAACGUACAGCCGGCCGUUUCGGCGCAACUGCUCCACCCCAGCAGCCCAGACUGGAGACAAUUACUUUAACUUUACCCCACGCUACACCACACAAACACAGCUGGAGGGGCCCGACACGGAGGUGAAGGCAUCGAAGAUCCCAACUCCAGGCUUGUUCUCGUAUAACCUAAACUUCUCUUCAGAUAUUUCUAACAUGGACAGUGAACUCACCUACCCGGCCCUUGUGGUCAAGAGACUUUCGCUGGGCGAGGGAUCUCUCUUCCCUUCUGAACCCAAGAAGGAGAGCAUGGCCGAAGUCAGUCUGAUAUGCGAGGAAGACCUGUUGGACACCAUUUUUCAGGCUUGUGACACACAAUGCAGAGGUAAGGUUUACGUAUCGCACAUUGUGGACUUCUUGAGACACACCACCUCCCGCAGUUCAGAGGACAGCGGCCUAGAGGAGCUCUGCAAUAUGCUGGACCCAGAGCACAAGGACAUCUCCAUAGACCUGGACACAUACCAUGCCAUCAUGAAGGAGUGGAUUGAUGACUGUCGCAACCAGGGGACGGACUCAAAGAAUGACACCCAACAGGAAUCAUUCAAACUACGGGACAGUUUAUCAGCAAAGAGAUCUGCUCUACUAAAUAUGACCUCAGGUAGUCUAGAAGCAUUCGGAGGGGAAGUCACCAGAGCUGACUUGGAGACAUCAGAUCUGGUCUUCUGUGUGGCAGAUCUGCAGCUAAAUAACCAAAAGUUGCAGGAAGAGGUUCGUAAACUGAAGCAGGCAGUUGAAAACAUGGAAGACACCAACCAGAAACUCAUCGAGGAAAACGAAGACCUCAAAGCACAAGCCAAAAUGGGGCAGCAGUUAUUACAGAAGGAGAAGAUGCUUAAAGAGGAAGUUGAGGAGAUGAAGCUUAGCUUGACCUCUUCAGAAGAGAGUCGAGCUCAGGCCUCAGCUCAAAGAAAGCAGAUGGAACGGGAAAACCAGAGUCUCAUAUCUAAGAUUGCUGCUCUACAAGAGGAGAACAUGAAAGUCACAUUAGAGGCAGAGGAGCUUCAGAAAAAGAUGAAUGACCUCUGUGACCUGAAUGCUGACCUUCAGGUUCAAGUUCAUUCAUUUGAUGCUAUUUUGGCCGACAAGGAGUCGAUAAUUCAGGAGAAAAAUAAACAGAUAGAUGAACUGAAGGUGGCCAUUGUGGAGUAUUCCUCAGUUACAGAGCUGCUGAGAGCAGACAAGAACAAACUGGAGAGUCAAAUGCAGAUGAUGCAGCCUGAUAUGACAAUCCCGGGUCUCUCUCUCUCUGUGGCCUACAGACUCAAUCAGAUGAGUUCAGGCUCUCUUCAGACAGAGUUGGCAUUGGCACAGAAUCCCCUGGAGGGUUUGGAGCAUCUGUCCUCCUCUGUCUGUUUUGCAUCUUCUCUGGAUGAGACUCUAGAUCGUGAGGUUCUUCUGCUUCUCCAAGGCCCGACUCCGGAGCAGCUGUCUCUGGAGUUCAAAACUCUGAUCAGCAGACUGAAGAGGGAGUUUAAGGAAGACAGCAUGACCUUUCUCACAGCAUUCAGAGGCUUUACGGAGAGCAGUGAAAUUCAGGAGACCAGCACUGACCUCAAGAUACAGGGCCUGGAGGUGCAGCUUGAACAGAGGAGGCGUGACUGGACCCGCAGUCUGGAGCAGUUGGACCAGUACACAGACUCUCUAGAGAGGGAGCUUCUGAAGAUGGCCAGCAACAUGCGACGAUCUCGUACCGAGAUCCUGCACCUGUCUGUCAAGGUACAAGAGCAAGAGAACCAGAAGCAGCAGUUGCGAGAGGAACUCGACCGACUAAAGGCUCCGUUGGACAGCAGAGAGGCCAGCAGCCAAACACCGGAUCACCUACAGCAGGUUGUGGAAGAGCUGGAUGGACCCUCUCUUGAAUGGGAUGAGGAAUAUGUGUUGUCUGAGUCACCUCCUUUACAAGAGCUCGGACAUGACCAAGAAAUGGUUCAGGAGCUCUGUUGUGAUGAAGAGGAACUACAGGCCCUGAAACAAGAGGAAGAGGAGGAGGAGCACACAGAGACUGUGAGGGACAAGGAGAAGAUCACGGGAAGGACUGAAGAAGAAGGUGAAGCAACACAGGAUUCUGGAGUAGAGACCGAAGAGCUACAAAGAGACUUCACACUCUCUAAGACAAUUCUACCAGACCGCACCACUGACAGAGAAUCGCAAGAAACUCCAUUUGAGGGUGUGGGAGGAAUGCAGAAGCCUUGCACAUCUCUAAAGGAGGAAGACAGACUCCCAGAAUGCACUGGGCCUGAGGACGCCCACGGGCAGGCUGCUCCUCUGCCUCACACCCACAGUCAUUGUGCUGAUGACCUGUCUUUGAGCUCCAAGACAUCCCAUGAACCGGUGACCUCAGUCAAAGUUCUCAUUUCAUCUACUGAACCUUCCUCCCUUGUGACCACUGAGAUGGUAUCUGUCUCCACGGGCCAGCCUGAAGUUGGUGAUUCCAUUACAGGAAGGACCCAGCAGUCUGUGGGCACAAACGGAGGACGUGAGGUAGAGCGUGCGGCCACCACUACCGACAUGAGUGACUUGCAGAGACUGAGCGAGGGACAGCUUUCUAAAGUGUCUGCGAAAUCGGACAAAAAUCUCUUGUUGCCAGUAGCAGAGGAAGAGGAGGCCAUGCCAGAGGCGGUGGAGGUGACGUCAACUGAGGUUAACUCGCCAGACAAAGACAAGGCAGACAGUAAGAGGACAGUGGUCACAUCUGAUUCAAACUCAACAGCCUCACCUGAUUCAUCAAAGGGUCUUUCUGAAAAAGCAAAGGACAUGACCUUUGACUCCACUGCCAGUGAGGGAAUUCUUCCGACAGUUCCUGCUGUGCAAGGCUCCAGAAAAGACCCCCUGACUCUGAGGAACAAGCUCAAGAAGGAAGUCAGCAGUAUGGAAGCCAUUGAGGAACAAAAAGCUUUGGAGGACGGUGAGCCUUCAGUGGCCACAGAAAAAGAAGGUGACACAUCAGUCUUCUCUGAAAAUGCCAGUGAUUCCACCAAAGAUGACAAGAACAGCCUGUCGCCAAGUGACAAAGAGAUUGAGGCGGAGUUCCACCGUCUCUCUCUGGGCUUCAAAUGUGAUAUGUUCACACUGGAGAAGAGGCUACGCCUGGAGGAACGCUCACGGGACCUGGCCGAGGAGAACGUCCGCAAGGAAGUCAACAGUUGUAAAGGUCUACUGCAGGCCUUGAUCCCACGGUGUGAGGAGGAUAACCAGUCCAUGGAGAUCAUCCAUCGUCUGCAGAAGAACCUUGAGAUCCUCAUCCAGUCCAUGACCAGAGUGUCUAGCCGUUCAGAGAUGCUUGGGGCCAUUCAUCAGGAGACCAGAGUGGGUAAAACGGUGGAGGUGAUGAUUCAGCAUGUGGAGAACUUGAGAAGGAUGUACACCAAGGAGCAUGCGGAGCUGUUGGAGCUCAGGGAGAACCUCACGCCAAAUGAUAGGCCCUUUGGGUCCUCUGAGAGGGAUGAUUUUAGAAACAAGAAGCAGUCAACCUCAAACAUUUUCAAAACUACUAGCCGACGCAUCAGCAUAGCUACCAUUCCCCGCAGCGUUGGAGGACAGACCCAUUUUGACAUGCCCAAAGACAUGGCAGAGACUGAGGUCGAGAGGCUCUCCCGUCGGUCACCAUGGAUCAUGACAGCCAAGAGGCCACCUCUAAAGCGCUUCGUUAGCUCUGGUACUUGGGCCGACGUUGACGAGCCCACUCUGAUGAAUAGGUAUGGAUAUGAAACAGACUCUCACUUGGAGGAGGAGCAGAAAGAGGAACCAGCGGACAGAAGGAGUAGCCUAACAGAACUAGGCAUCAAAAUCACCUCCUUCAUAAUGCCGACUAAGACUCCCAGCCCCAGCCCAACAGAUCACGCUCCACCCAGUCUGACAGAGGGGAGGCCUGCAGUGUCCAGAGGCACCAGGGGCGUUUGGAUUUGGGUGGCCUUGUUUGUAGUGCUAGCUGUUCUACUGGCCCUCUUGGCGAGUCUGAUGUUACAGCCUGCAGUAGAUGCAGCACCUGUGGGCACCGGGGACUCCUGGAUGACCAUCCAGCAGCUUCUGUGGCCCUAUACUGGGCUGAGGCACAACGCCCAGCCCCCUGUGUGACACCAGGGGGUCUGCAAGGCUGGAGUAGCCGGUCCUGACAUUCAAAAAAAACUCUUCCGGCUACCCAAGCUGUGAUGCAAGACUGCUGCCUGUCCUUCUAACAGAACUCUAUUUGACCAUUUCUUACUGAAGGUAAAGAGAAACGUGGGCGUCUUAAGAGAGAUGCGCUGAAAACUGCAGACUGCUUGGAUGCCGUGUGUAUUAUAGGCAUUUGUAUGAGACACUCCGUGCCAGCCAAUCACACGGUGAAUAUUUGAAUUGGAGCGAGAGCAGACUGCAACAACUGAAUGUCAAAUAUCAUACAUCGGUUGCCUGAAAAGGCUGCCUUUUUUAAACAUUUUGAAAUUGAUCAGUGUAUUUUUAUGGGACGUUUGAAAGAGUAUUGAGAUUUUUAAAAAAAUAUUUUUUCUUUUUGUUAACUUAUUGUUUUACAGUUUUAUGCAGUAGAUUUUUUUUUUCCCCUGAUACUAUUAAUUGUUACAAACACAUAAUUUUUAACCUCAUUAAGCUGUUGGUUUGGUGUUCAUUGUUAAAUGUUCAUACACUUUUGUAUGUUCCAAAGAGGGGGGGGGAGAGAAACUUUGCACAAUAAAAGAAACUGAUCCAAA